GAAAACGUGCAAAAUUUCUACUGACGUUUUUUUACUCACCGUUCGGCUAAUUAACACCCACACACCACGUACAUCAAUAUGUUGUAGCUACAAGCAUGUCGCCUGCGAAAUUUUAGACCUUAAAUCCAAUUUUUAAGUAUGUUAUUGGCAGCAAGAAGUUCACCCUCGUCUUUCUGCACGUUCUGUCAAAGGUCGUGUCAUUCGUACUGCAUUGUGGGUAAAACUCAGCGAGUACCUUGCAGCCUACGCAUUUUUUAUCCGAUGGCCAAAAGAACAUAGCGCCCUCUGUUGAACAUAUAACGUUAAAAUACAAUGGAUGAUACGGUGGCCGUAGGAAAUCAUGGAUUGGUUUUGCAAAUAAAAGAUGAAAAAAAAAUCGUAAUGGGAUGGUGUUUUCCUUAGAUAUUGGUUAUCUUUAUUGAAAAAUUGUGAAAAUUGAUAAUUCCUAAAUACGAACAAAUUAUUAUUUAUACACAUCUCAUGAACAUUGUGAAAUGUUUUAGCGUUCGUAUAAUGUAGAGUACCGGCAGUAAGACAGAGUUCUCGUAUAAUUAUUCAUGCGCGGUCAUUUAUGCAUAACUGACUUCUUGGGCGUGUUUGCAUUCCACAUACCACACUUCAUUCCAACAUCAUGGCGCAGGUAAGAUUUGGAUAAGCCCUCAACCCAUACUAGUCAAGUACAAAUGUACAUAAUCCUGUGAAAGUCAAUGCUGUCAUUACUUCUUAAUAAUGAUUGUUUUUAUUAACAUGCACUUAUUUCGGCCAGAAUUAGGAAAGUUAGACUCUUCCAACUGUACACAACCUUAUUUUAUUUAAAGUCAUCAGUACCUUACAUAAUUUCAUAUAAGCCAGAAGCCAACCGGGUUUAAAGUUCUCUAUUUGAAAUUAUACGCACAAAAGUGUUUAUACGAAAUGAAUGUGGAGAAUACGUGGAGAUGAGUGACAAGGGGCUCGUAUUGAAAAAAUUAUGCAGUGUUGAAUUAUUCAAUGUGUUUAUCAUUUAUAUCAUUACAGACUUCUCGUCGAAUGUCUGCCAAGACCAAAGCUGUGAGGUCUAUUCAAAGGUCAAGGUAUUAUUCUGGCUUUAAAGAACUUAUCAGCAGCAGUAAUAGAGCAAAGUCUGAUUUUUUUAGACUAAUCAGAGAUGAAGUGCACAAAAGUUUCCAGUUUGUUUUAAAUGAUGGUGGCUCUGCUUUGUGUGACUCCAGCCUUAAUCUUCCCGACUUGAAGGCAUAUAAUUUUGAGGAGAUUGAGCAAAACCUCGCAACAGAAUGUCCGGCUCUCCUUGCUGCCCUGCAAGGAUGUGUCAUGAAGAGUAAGAAGAAAACAGACAAGCAGAGGACAGCCAUGGUUGGAACCAUUGCGAGCAUGCUUGGCCACUUCCGAAGACCACGCAAGUGCUGCCAGUUGCAGACCCUCAAUGGAAUCCAAAUGUGGAUGGCUGGUUGCAAAAGAAAGGUAUUCACCCGCUUCAAUCACUUGAGCUGGUGCGUUGGUGUCACGGGAGCAAGAAAAGCAGUUGACAGAAUAACAAACAAUCAUGAUGAGAAACUCCAAGGUUGGAAAAAUGCCUUGACAAGGUUCGACAGAGGAGAAUUUUGGACGGAAAAGGAACCCCUGGGAUACUCGCUGUGCUUUGACAACGUAAACCAUUUCAUAACAGCUCGCCACCAAUCAAAACAGCGUCAAAACCGGCAGCUAAAUCUCACUCAAAUGUAUGCGAGCAGGGAUAGGAUACCUACCACCGACCUGUCAAAUGACAAACCCGACAGUGACACCAUCAGAGGUAUUCCAGUUUCACACCUUCUCCCGAGUUCGCAGGAAGAGUGCAUGCUGAGAGAUGAAAUGGUGAUAAUAACAUCAAGAAUCCUUUGCCAGGAAAUCACCCCCCUACGUCACCUCAAGAACGAGUGGGAUAUCGUACACCAAUAUAGCGAGGAGUCAUCCAAGCAAAGCGACAUGGUACCCCUCGGAGUAAUCGAGAAGGAUGAAAGUAAGACUGACGAGAUGAUCGAAAUUCUGGACACUCUCCACAAGUAUGUGCCACGCAACGAGCGUGAUGGUCCAGGCACCCUGAUCCUCCACGGAGACGGGUUAAGCUGUGAAAGAGUCAAGGAUGCCCAAAAUGCGCGCAUCAAUGGAGCGACUCAAUGGGCCCAACUCACGGGUUUGCAACCCUGUGUGCAAGAGUGGCACAAGCAAGUCAUCAUUUUACAGGACAUUUACAACCACUUAUACAACUCAACCAGCGGCAAAGACAAGAUGACAUUAUUCCACCUCAGAAAUGUGUUUGGCCACCACAAUGUCACUGCCACGGUCAAGAAGAGUUACAACUUCAAUGCCGAGUUUUUGGAAUUCGCCACACACGGUUUUAUAGCAGCGUACGCUCUACAUCUAGUCGGAUCCCAACAUUCUCAUCAGCCUCUGGACAUCCCCUCCUCAAAAGAAGACCAAGUCCAAUAUGUAACGUCCAUAUCCCGUCAAAUAGUCGACGAUGUCUUCCUGCCCAGCCAGGCAGCAAACAUCCUCCACUCCCCUUACUGUGUUUGCAAAGACUACGUAGAUGAAACAACUAUGAUCUGUUGUGACAACACACAUUGCCAGGAAGGAUCGUGGUUCCAUCUACAGUGUGUAGGCAUUCCUGAGGACAGAGUCCCAAAAGGAAAGUGGUAUUGUUCCACAGAGUGUCGUCGUGCAUCAUCGCACAAGAAGAAGAAAAGUUGUAAAAGAGAGACAAAGACAAACGAACAAGCCAAAAUCGACCGAGUGCGCGAGUACAACAAAAGUGUCAUUUUCCAUGGCCUCAACUUCCUCAUUCGAAGAGAUGCGAUUCGCCAAAACGACGGCAACCGAAUGAUCGCACAUUGGAAGUCAGAUCUAGUUACGUUCCUCACGGGAACCCACAACAAGUACAUGGUAUUGGCCCACCGAUUACUCAUGGGAGUAAAUGGGGCCUUUUCUGACAGGAUUGCAAAGACACUGGUGUGGAAUAGGACCGUCAAUCCAUCUGGAUGCCCUGGCAGGAAUAUUGCCAUGGACCUCCAGAUGGAGAUGCUGAACAAAACCUACAAAGAAAAUGUACGUGUAAGUCGUGGGAAGCUGACAUCCGCAACAAUAAAUAGGCAUAGCAAAAUCAUCGGCAUUGGACAGUCACUGUCCAAUCUGUAUGAUGAGUUGACUUCAACCAGAAGUCCCCAGUCAGCCACAUCAUCACCAGACAGAACAACAGACACCCAAGCACUCAUCAAAAUGGUACUGGACUACAACUCAUUCGACAACAUCCCUGGAAGGGCCCAUGACUCCUUUCCACAGUUUCAACACCAGCGACCUCCUUUGGAAGAGCCUGCCAAGUUGAAGGCUAAACUCAACAAAUUAACAGAGAGCAUGGCAGACAGGAGUCAUCUUGUAGAAUCUCUUAAUCAAUAAUAAAUGUCUCCCUCAUUUUAUUGGGGCGUGUGUCCAUUCUCGUAGUGUAUAAUUAUUUGUGUACUCUGCACCCUAACGUUUCCAAUGGUCACAGUGUUGUAGUACUGGUAGUACUACUCGAGUCCUAUUUUGGAGUAUUCGUACUAG